UUUCAUUCUUAUUCUUUAGUUUUCCUUCAUCAUCAGUUCUUUUCAUCUCCCUUUAUUCCUUUUCUUUCUAUUUUCCUUUUCGUUUCAUUCAUCACCACCUCCUCCUCCUCCUCUUAUUAUCUCUUCUACCUCUUCCAUCUUCUACCUCCUCCUUCUCCUCUCCCAUCUACCCAACAAGCUCUCUAUUAUUAUUGUAGUCAUUAUGCUCGCUAAAGGGUACAUCACCUGGCUUGCCCGGGUCUAUCACCUUCAUUAUAACACUCCAACACACCAACACUUGCGUCGCUCCUCCAUUAACACCUAUAGAAGCGGGUCGGUGAGUUGAUCUCCUUCAAUACACAUCUAAGGUAUAUAUGCAUGUAUUUGUUUUUAUUAAUAUAGAAGCCAAGGUCGGUGUAGCGGGGUCCUCCGGCCACUUUGAACCCUGGCGCCUCGUGACGUCACUGGAAAUUGUCAAGCGAGAGACUAUAGUGUGGAUUGCAAAGUGUUGUGAAUGAAUUAAUACUGUCGCAGAUAAGUAUUAAUAGGAGUAAAUAAUGGUGGAAAAAUGCUUAGUUGUUAGUAUGUUUAAUCAUUUUAAUGUUUAUAAUCUGCAAAACUAUUAGUGGUGUGAAACAUCUCAACCGAAAAACUAUAGUGUUGAUAUAGAAAUUGUCAUAAAAAAAUUAAAACUGCUGCAGAAAGUAUAAACAUGAUUAAAUAACGAUGAAAUAUUGCUUUGGUAUUGGUAUGUCUAGUUGUUUGAAUAUUUAUAGGCAGUCAGACGUUUAUACUAUAGUUCCUCGGAUGACUGUUGUUAUUGUUGUUGUCGUGAUGGCGGAGUGUUCAGAGCAGGAACCGAAGUGGCCGGCGGACCCCUACCCACGCCCUGAUAUAAGCUAUGAGUGCAUGAUGGGCUCCACGGCCAACAACGUCACCACCGAGGAAAACAACCGCAGCAGGGCACCAGCGGAGGAUGCCGAUGAGAGCAUGGAUGCCGGUAGCGAGGAGGAGACGUGGGUGUUCUACAAGGACAGGGAGGAGUGGGCAGAUGUGACCCCUGUGCCGCAAGAUGACGGGGAGAACGCCGUCGUCAAAAUUGCUUACACUGAUGCCUUUACAGACGUGUUUGAUUACUUCCGGUCGGUGGUGUCGAGGGGGGAGCUGUCGGAGCGAGCACUGUACCUCACAGAAGAUGCCAUACACAUGAAUGCCGCCAACUACACGGUCUGGCAGUACAGGAGAAAGAUUUUGCGACAUUUAGGCAGCGACCUUGAGCAAGAGUUAAAAUUUUGUAGAGAAAUGAUAGAAAUGAACCCCAAGAAUUAUCAAGUCUGGCACCACCGUCGAAUGAUAGUGGAGUGGCUGGGCGACGGUAGCAAGGAGCUCAGGCUGACCGAGAUCAUCUUUAGUCAGGAUGCCAAGAAUUACCACGCCUGGGAACACCGACAGUGGGUCCUCAAAACCUUCAAGUUAUAUGAUGGAGAACUAAUUUACGUGGACCAGCUGUUGGAGGAGGACGUGCGGAACAACUCUGCGUGGAACCAGCGGCACUUCACCAUCACCCAGACGACGGGCUUCACUAAGGAGGUGAUCCAGCGUGAAGUGGAGUACACCAAGGCCGCCAUUACCAAGGUGGUGGACAACGAGAGUCCGUGGAGCUACCUCAGAGGGGUGGUGCAGCACAGCGAGGGCGGCCUGGGCAGCGUGGGGGACCUGUGGGAGUGGUGCCAAAACAUGUACAAUGAGGGCCAGCGCUCGCCACACCUCCUCACCUUCAUGCUGGACCUGAUGGAGGACCAGAUGGAGCGCCAACCUGACCUGCGGACCACACAACUAAAACGCUGCCAUGAGAUCUGUGAAGCCCUAGCAACAAAACACGACAAGAUUCGUCGAGAAUAUUGGCGCUACAUUGAAAGAAAUUUAAGUCACAGGUUUGGUGCGUGAGAGAGGUAGAACUUAAUUAUGAAAUAUUUAUACUGUCAUAACUGUAAGGAAUAGUUUGAUGGCAUUUAACAAAGACAGGCAACUUUUUUUUUUUAAUGAAAAAAGUGAAACAUUUA